AUUUGACCGCGCCGACAACAAUCCGGGCCUACGCACUCUGCUCCAAUGGAGGUCCCGUUCUCAUCGUCCAAGGCGGUCAAUCGCGCGCACUACGCCUUGGUUAGGGAUGUCGAAUCGUCUGCGUCACCGGAAAUAGCGGACAGCUAUAUCCUGAAGGAAAUGCGAUCCAUCCAAUCCCGGCUGCGCUACCCCAGUAUCUCUCUCAAAGAGACGCGCGACUGUCUGAUCGUGCUGCUCUAUUGCGCGGGAACCUCAACGUCGCUGCCUCGUGGAACGAUGGAUUUCGCGCUGCCACAGGCUGCGAAUCUGGCCCAAGUCGGGAAUUCGGUGGCAGAGAAGAGAAUAGGAUACCUCUUCUGUGCUGAGAUCAUGACGGAGGACCAUGAACUGAGGCUGCUACUCGUCAAUACCCUGCGCAAGGACCUUGAAUCCGAUGCCGAGGCAACCAUAUGCCUUGCUUUGGAUAACCUGAUAUCCUCGCCUUCCGAUGCAGUAAUCCCUGCGAUCCAGUCCCGUCUGAAGGACCUCCUCUCCCAUCCCUCGUCAGCCGCACAUCCGACGCAGGGCACUCGCCGCCUCCGCUGCUCUUGCGCGUUUCGAGCCAGAAAUCCUGAAAAGCAUCAGGAGCAAGGUGCUCAAGCGGCUGCGUGAUCCCGAUCCUGCGGUUGUGUGCGCCGCUCUGAAUGUGUCUGCGAAGCUUCACGAGAAUGACGCAUCGGCGGGAGAAGAUCUGCGCGGUGUCCUGAACGAGCUGCUCAAGUCGUUCUGGGAGGAUGUCGGUCGGCAGUCGGUUCGAUGCAAUCUGUUGCAGACACUGCACUUGCUACGCAAGUUUGGGCUGGACGAAGUCAAUCUUGGGCUCGUGCUGGAAAUCAUCCAUCAGACAUCAGUGUCUGGGGACCAUCCUGUCAUGUGCGGAGCUUUCCUCAAUCUCUCCGGGAGAGAUCCGGCCAGCCUGUUGAAAGCUCAGACGUCGGAGAAACUUUCCCCUAUUUCUAACAUCCGGGCGUUGCUCAAUUCACAGAGCGUGACUGAUCACUACAUAUUUCUUUCGUGUCUGACGUGCUUACCCCCGAGUCUUUGGUCCGGAAGUGAGCCCGAUUCGCCUGCGGCAUUCGAUGAAUGGGAGGUUGGAAGAGUGAUGGCCUUGCUUGACUCUCCAGACCCAGCUAUCCGACAGAAGACUUUGAGGAUACUGAAUACCAUUGACGAGAAUAUCAUCAACUCGUAUUAUCUUCGAUGUCUACAGACUUUGCCCAUCGAUCUGCCGGCGAAUAUGCUCUCAAACUAUGCCGCCCGUUUUCUUCAGAUUAUAGAAACGCAAACGGAUGGAGAUGGGGAACUCUAUGCCCGAUUGCUGAUCGACUUGUUCACGCAAAUGGAGGCUCGAUCUCCUGCUUAUGCUCAGAUUGUUAUCGAGUCCGCUGUGGAAGGAGUUCUAUCCCAUAUCAGGGCUGCUUCCACCCCGUAUCAGAUUGGUUGCGCCACUGCGCUGUUGACCUCCUGCGCCGAUCUCGAGAAGUACUUCGGCCAGACCAUGAUGGUGAUCUUGUCUGCACUGUCGACAGAGUAUGCAGGGGCGUUGGUGGUUCCUGCAAUUGAAAUUCUAAGUGGGAUUUCGACACGGCUUUCUUCCUGCAUCCCUGCGGUUCAGGACGCUUGUCUCUUGGCAAUGAUGCGAUUGUCUGCAGACUGCGAGCGAAUGCCUUCUGAAGUUCUGGACGGCGUCGGUGGUCUGGCCAAACAGUGCAGUCGCCAUAUCCGACGGCGGUGUGCAGAGUUUAUUUCACUCUCUAGCCGCAAAGACGAUUUGGCCGAGAUCGUUCGAAGCGCAAACUCAUCUGCGUUGCCAGAUUUUCUCGAAGCACUUAUCGCAUAUGAGAAUCGAGCUGCACCGACGUCCGAGGACAAACCGGCGUCGGUAUCGAAACCGGCUAGCCUUCCAAAGAACAGACUGAGAUACGAGGCUUACGAAGCCCCGAAGACUACACCUCGGCUCAGGGACCGCCCCGAUCUUGCCAAGAGCUCUUCACGCUCAGCCAGCUCAUCAGGCCCUCGAAACUCCCCAACUGCAGGAGACUUGGCUGCCACGCCGCAGCCUACAGAACUUCGGAUGGCAACAGAUCUAAUCGCAUUUCAUGAUUCGCCUUUCGCCUCCGAUCCUGACACGCCUGAUUUUGCUAAUUUCUGGGAUUCGUUGGAUGAGUCUAGCAGCGCUCGGGGCUGGUGUGAUCUCUCGCUCGAGGACGUGAAUAAGCGUCUGGAAAGCCUUGAUAUUCUAGUCAUCCCUGCCGAGACAGCCCCGUUCCUAGGCAAGUAGACUUCUGCAUCUCGAACUGUUCUUAUGUCUUGGCAGGCGAGGUCAAGGUUCUCAUGAAUGGAGACUCUGGAAGUCAGCCGAUCGGCGCAUUGCGGCUGAAAGCAAGUGAGGAAGGUGGAUGUUUGUGGCGCUUUCGUAGUGGAGAUGCGCAGCUCCGGGUCCGGGUCAAGCGUUUACUCGAGUAGACUUGUAUAUUGCUCUGCUAUAGUCAUACGUACCUGCGCCCGCCAAGUCAAGCCAACGGAGACCGUCAGUUCUAAUCGCUAUAUCAGUCACAACUGGUCAGUGUCGGCAUGCCAUCAGCGCUAUUUAGCGGGACUUGUGCCAGUGGGUCGCUAUUUGGCAACCUGUCUAAAAGCGGAGCUAUCUUCAUUUUUUACCGUCACGGUCUCGGUUGCUUCAAGCCAGCACUGACGUCCCUCAAUCUAUGAAUCGCCGCCCUCUACCCUGCCUGACACAACAGAUUAACAACAUUCUCUUCGGCCCACUUGCCUGCCCCCUCCUCAGCACAGACCGUCCUCCUUAAAAUCCCACCCCUUGCAUCCCUUCGUUGCCUCUCUGACUGAUGGGAUAAUUGCACCUCACUCGCCACUGCUGAAAACAUAGACGUUAACCUCCUUAGAAACCUCUGGAACCCAUACUUCCCAACCCAUUCACACUCGAAACAUAUCUAUCUAUCCCCCUCAACCAACCACGAUGAUCAACGCUAUUAAAGCACCCUCUUUCCUUCGGCCGACCAGCCGGCCGUCGUCCCCUGCGCCGCCAGCAGCCUCAAAUCCGAGGUCCGAGUCGAUGGAGCGCGCCGCACGUCCUUUGACGAAGUUAUCGUCACUGAGCAACUUCCGACGCCCCUCCCCUGCCUCUGGCCCUCCUCCGACCCCAGCGCCUGUCCCUCUGGUACAGGACGGAUCAUAUCUCGAGACUCUGGCCCUGAAGCUGAGCGAAGCGGUCUCUAAGGCGCUCGCCAAUCCAGUGGGGCCUCUCGGCACCAAUGAUGCAGUCAAUGGGAAGCGACCGAUUCCUACGGGACGAGGUCGUGCGCUUGGAUCGUUUAUCUCAGCAGAGCUGGGUGCCACGCGUGAUAAUCCACACCUCAAUCGAGCCAUUAUCCGAUCCUUGCUUCGACCGCUAUCGGUUCUACUGUCGAACCUCUCUGCGCAUCUUUUGCCUAUCAUCUCUUCGCCUGCGUUUCUUUCUCCCCCAGCUCCGACGUUGCAAGCGGCGGCUCCCAAUGCGACUCAGCUGCAUGCGCUAUCUGUCGCUGGAUUUGCUGGAGAAGUCCUCGAGGUUUUCGAUGAUCUGGGGCUCGGAUUGGACGGAGACGCUCGCGGCGAUGGGCUGAAAGUGAUUCGGGAGGGUCUCGUCUCCAUCGUCAACCGUGUGGUCAGUCCGCUGGUGGCCGGAAUCAAGCACGAAAUGAUGCUUCUGCUUGAUGCUUUGGAAACACCCAAUAGCCCCAAGAUGGCGGCCGGUGCCAAGAAUGCACCGGUCCUUCACCCUUCUAUCGUGGUUCUCACGUCCGUGAUGCCGGUUUACGCUCGAGCAUUGACCCGAUAUUCUGCCUCGCGGUGUGCUCAGGCUCUGCUGGCGCCAUUUGUGAUUUCUGUUGUUUGGCGAGGCUUGGUGGCAUUGGCCAGCCGACCCAUCGGUGCUUUGUCUCCACCGUCGCCAAACCUGCUUCCUGUUCAUCAGGGACACUCACCAUCGAUCACACCCCCUGUGACGCCUCCAUCUGCCAGAUUCACAAUCAAGCUUCCGCCGUCGCGUCCGCCGUCUCCGCCGUCUGCGGCCUUGCCGGCGUCAGCUGCUGCCGAUGCACGGGCUCUGUAUGAGCUCUUGUCGACACUGCCGCGGCCUGUGAGCAAAUCCGAGAGUGCGCGGGUGGCGAACGAGGCCAUCGAGGAGGCGUUCGAGGGACUGAAGGCGUUUGCGCCCUUCUUCGAUGCAGUGCAGGCGAAUCCGAACUUGCCGGAAGAGCAGCUAGAUGCUCUUACCGAGGAGCUGCCGACUUUGGUCGCGCUUUGCGUGCUGCUGCAUGUGCACUCCGGUCGGUCCGUCGCUGACAUGCUCGGCCUCGCCGAGGAAGAUUAUAAGAAGGCGUGUUUGUCGGGAUUCGGACGUGCCGAAGAAUGCGCUUCGGCCGUUGGCCAGCGCGUUCUCCAUAUCAUGCGACGAGAAAGCACUUCCCCAGCCGUGAUCGUGGAGUGGCUCGAAGACGAGCUUGCUGAUAUCGCGUCUGGUCAUUGACUAUCUUUUCCUUAUUCUUUUUUCACCUAUCGUGGUUGUAUUCCAGUACAGUACAGUCUCAUUUAUCUGUGGGCUAUCAAUACGAUUUUCAUUCAUAUGCGC